AUGUCGGACUCGGACUUUGCAACGACCGACUCCGGCUCCGCCAGCGAAAAUCGAAGUCGGCGAAGCAGGGCAACAUGCAUGCGUCGUUCCCAUCAUAAGCCUGGCGCGGGGGGCGAAUCGCAAACAAGCACAAGCCCAAGCACCAAGCACAAGCACAAGCGCAAAGCGGCAACAACAACAACAACAGCCAACGACAACGACAACGACAAAAGGCCCCCAGGCAGGCGCCGGGCAAACCGCAACAAUAUUCUUCCGCGAGAGCCUCGCCGGAAUCCAACCCCGCUCGAUCUCCUCCGGCCGCGAUGCGCUGGCAAGCAUCUCGACGACGAAGCCCGCGCUGCACGCGUCGAUGCGGAUGGGAAGCUGCUGUUGGGGCUCGAUGGGGAUGGGGAUGUAGGGAUGGCUGGCGCUGGCGGUGGAGAUGGAGAGAGUGAAGGCGCCACGGGGGUCAAUGCGUAUUUGGCUGCUGUGAGCGGGCGGGAUGCGGUGAGGAGGGGCCAGCGGGGUCGGCUGAAGGUUGGGCGGGGGGGGAAGAGGGGUGGUGGGGAUGAGAUGGAUGUUGACGAUGAUGAUGAAGGUGGUGGUGGGGAUGGGGUGGAGAUUGCGAAGGCGGUUGGGCGGGAGGUGAAGGGGGGUGGUGGUGGCGGAGGGGGUGGGGCGGGCAGUCGGAGGAGGGGGUUGGGGGUUGAGAAGGUUAGGAGGGAGAGUGGGAGGGUUGCGAAGAGGGGAGUUGGGAAGGGGGCGCGGCUUGGAGGUGGGGGGGUUCGGGCUAAGGGGCGGGAGAGGACGGGGCGUGGAAGGAGAUAG